GCCUGAGGAUACUGAUUGGCGCGAGAAGUUGCGGUGCGGCGAAACUGUGGUGGUGUGGUGUCCGAGAAGAGUUGUAUAUGUGUGUGGUACUGAAAUUUAGCCAUUUCAGCUUUUGAUUGUGGUAUUGGUGAUGUAGUUGGAGAAAGUAUGGUUGUAGUGAUUCUGGUAGGGGUUUAAGUGGUUGUGGUAGUGGUGGUGUUGGUAGGAGUAAGAGUGGUUGUGGUGAUUCUGGUAGGGGUGGUUGUUGUGGUCGUGGCGGCUGUGGUAGGGUUAUCAGGGAACACCCACUCUGUGUAGUAUACAGGAUGAAGACAGGGAGAUGGCAUGAGAAGGUGUUCUUGAUAGGUGUAGGUGUGUUCAUUAUCCUGCCCGCCCUCACCUACACUCACCCACCACCAGAGUGUCCUGGCUGUGAACCACAAGGCUGUGAACAAAGAGAAAUGGGUGACAUUUCAAACCUGGUGACUUACGCACAAUUUCAGCCUCAAGCCACAAUACAUCUUAUCAUUAACACACCAAAGUGGGAAAAAUUUGCACUAAAAUUGUUACAAAGCGGAAAAGUCAUAUACAGAGUGUUGAUUCGAAUGAUAAAUAAUAAUAAAAUAACUGCAGUAUUCCAGGGAGAUGAUAUUGAGAAGAAAUCAUCGUUAACCCCUAGUGUAUUGGUUGUAGGUCAGCAGGUCACCCUUAAGUUUACCAAGAACAAUGGAGUAACAAAGCUACUCCUGGGAAACUCUCAGGCACAAGACCACAUCCAUCUACCCAACGCUUCACUUGGCCACAUUGACACCAUCCACUUCAUCCGCAAGAGGAGAGUCAACAUGACCGUCAAUCUCUGUGACUGGUCAAGCUCUAGAUGUCCUCCAGUGUAUUACCCGAGUACAGCUGAAACACAAACUACAUCUACGACACCCUGUCCUGUCCCUGAGCCUUGUGAGGUAUGUGCCACAACCCCUUCGUCGUCUGACCCCAGCGUGGUAGAGAACUCACCUGCCUUUUCGACACAAACGUCAGUCCCAUCGACUCACCCUAGCGUAGUCGACAACUCACCUGCCUUCUCGACACUAUCAACACUAUCAGAGCAAAUGACACGAUUGCAAAAAUGUUUUGAGUCUGACCAAGAAGACUGGAAAUGUUGGCUUAUCUGUGGUCUGGCAGGGAUGUGUAUCUUAUUCGUUAUAUCAUUGGUGGUCGCGUCUAGUGUCAUCUGCCAGCUGAGGAGGAAGUACCUGGAGCUGAGGGCCUCCUUAGCUCGGUCGUCAUCAUUAGAGGGUUGGCGCCAGUCUUGUGAUGAGCCGCAGGAUCCUCCUAAAGGUCUUCUGACAACAGGCCGUGAUUCUCCCGCUAACCACAUCUAUAACGAGCCUGACGAGUGGGAGUCGCAGCUCUAUCACAACCCUGAACUUUCUUCUGAGUGGGAUUCAAUACACUCGGCCCACUCAUUCCAAGCUACAGAUCAAGGUGAUGUCGGGGGAGAGUGGGGGGCAACACAUACAACCCACUCAGAAUACUUUAAUGAGUGGGACCCAACAGAAGGAGCUCACACAGAAUGCUCCAACGAGUGGGACCCAACAUACACAGACAUCUCAAAUGUUACCUGCGAAGUGGUCACAACACUCACUCGGCCUUCAGAUCUUUUAUAUGUAAGGAAUUCUCCGCUAAGGAAUUCCCCUCAAUGCGAAAGGAACACCUACCACGCCCUGAAACACGCCCACACCCUGAAACACGACCACAUCCUAGAACACGACCACACCCUGGAACACUACGACACCCUGGAACACUACAACACCCUGAAACACGACCACACCCUGAAACACGACCACACCCUGGAACACGACCACACCCUGGAACACUACGACACCCUGGAACACGUCCACACCCUGGAAUACGACCACACCAUUGGGAGAGAAGAGGACACACCUUCCCACUACAAUUACAACAUCUGAUAAUUAAGACCAGUUUUAGUCACUCCUCUCCAAGAAUUUCUAAUGUAUUGUUAUAUUAUUAUGAUUUAUAUAGAAUGUGUUUGGAGUGAAAAUAUGUUGCUUGUGUUUAUAUAUAUAUAUAUACAUUACAUGUCAACGUAAAUAUAGAUGAUUGCUUGACAAUUUAUAUAAUUGAAAUUGUAAAACUCUGAUAACAUUAUUUAAUUAAAUUAUAUGAAACAGACACUCACUGCUGACAAUAACCAACUGACACUCACUGCUGAUAACAACCAACUGACACUCACUGCUGACAACAACCAACUGACACUCACUGCUGACAACAACCAACUGACACUCACUGCUGACAACAACCAACUGACACUCACUGCUGACAACAACCAACUGACACUCACUGCUGAUAACAACCAACUGACACUCACUGCUGAUAACAACCAACUGACACUCACUGCUGAUAACAACCAACUGACACUCACUGCUGACAAUAACCAACUGACACUCACUGCUGACAACA